UGGAGCUCCAAGAAGCAACAACAGAUCCUCCGAGCUUCUGGACUGCAACAUCCGCCGAUACAGUUGUUCCUUGAGAAACAGAACCAACUAGGAUGCGACGUACGAGGUACGUUGCACUACCAGUACGGGCAUGGCAGUACGUCGGCCUUCUGGUAGUGUCCCUCGCCUGCCUGACGUUAGGCCUAGUCUCCAGGGACAAGGAAGGACGAGCAGGCAGUCUGGCAGGACCUGAAAUGGAACACCAAGCGCCUCAUAAAGUGGAUGCCUGCCCUAACUUGAGCCCUUUCACCGAGUUGCCUCUCUCCUCAACGCCGGACCAGACCAGGACUUCAAACACAUUUAGAGAAACCAGAAACAUUAGGACUUCCUUAGUACCGGCUAAUCUCCGCGUGUCUCGAUCGCGAAGCGUGGAUAGACUUCAAUCGCGAGUAGAUUUCAGAAGCGUGGACAGAUUAGCCAGACAGGAAACCAAUGACUUCUCUAGACGUACCAUGGAAUCGAGACUUAGAACUAGGAGCCAGGAUCGUCUCAGACGCUCGUCCGACCCAACAAUCCGGCUUUCACGAAGUGUGGACGAUCUUACUAACCAGAGGCUGUACAAGAGAUCAACGGAUACGGAAAGGCGUCGUGAAUCGAACAGGCGUACGAACGAGGCUUCCCGAGAACGAGAAUUAGUGCGAUCCACGGAACGACUUGCGAGAGAACGAAACGAUCUUCGUCGAAACGACAGGGCUUUGAGGAACAUCGAGAGCCGAAACCGAAUGCAAUUAAUUAGAGACUCCAGAGUAGAAGAUCGUAGAUCUCUUACCAGAUCGGAAGGACGAGAAAAUAUUAACGAACGCAGGGAACGAUCGGAUGAACGUAGAGAACGGGUUAAUCGAUUCGACGAACGCAGAGAACGACUUAGCCGAUCUAGCGAACGACGCAAUUCUAAUUCUCUCCGAUCACUGAACGAUUCAGAACGCCGAGAAAGGAACCGACAAUUGAUUCGUGAGAAGCGUGAAUCUCGACUUGAUAGGACAACCGAAACUCCUAAGACCUCAGAACGACGAGUUACGGAUAGGGCAAAUGAUCGAAGAUCGGAACGACACUCAACUUCUAGGCAGACUUCGGAAAGACGAUCCACAUCCCCUGAAUCCAGAAUUCGCGAAGAGACCAGAGUCGACCGACGAUCCAGGGAAAGGAGAUCCGACCGCCGUCUCGAAGAACAAAGAUUCAACCACCGAUCCUCUGAACAAAGAUCCGACCGCCGCCUUUCAGAACCAAGAUCCGACCGCCGUCUCACCGAACAACGAUCCGAACGCCGAUCCAUGGAACGAAGAACCGACCGCCGUCUUCCAGAACAAACAUCCGACCGCCGUCUUUCCGAACAAAGAACCGACCGCCGCCGCAUCGAACAAAGGUUUAAUCAUCGAUCCACUGAACAACGAUCAGACCGUCGUCUUCCGGAACAAAGAUCCGACCGCCGUCUCGUAGAACAAAGAUUCAACCAUCGAUCUACCGAACAGAGGUCCGAUCGUCGCCUCUCUGAACAGAGAUCCGAUCGUCGUCUCCCGGAACAGAGAUUCAAUCAGCGGUCCACGGAAUCGGGGUUUGAUCGUGCUACGGAAAAACAGCUUAAUCGUCGCUUAUCGGAACAGAGGUUAGAUCGUCGACUCAUGGAACGUAGGUCUGAUCGUCGUCGUUUGGAACAGAGGUUUAAUCAGAGGUCUAUGGAACAGAGGUACGAUCGUAGAGAGAAGGAGGAAAGAUUUGACCGCGUCCGCGCUGAACAAAGGCUUGAUCGAAGAUCCGCAGAGAGGAGUAUUGACCGUCUUCGUAAUGAACGACUUGAUCGAAGAUCCACGGAGAGAAGUAUUGACCGUCAACGCAAUGAACGACUUGAUCGAAGAUCCACGGAGAGGAGUAUUGAUCGUCAUCGCACUGAACAACAACUCGAUCGAAGAUCUACGGAGAAGAGUAUUGACCGUCUUCGUAAUGAACGACUUGAUCGUCGAUCAACUGAAAGGAGUAUUGACCGUCUUCGCAACGAACGACUCGAUCGCCGAUCCAUGGAGAGAAGUGUUGACCGUCUUCGCAACGAACAACGACUGAAUCGUCGAUCCACGGAGAGGAGUAUUGACCGUCUUCGCAACGAACAACGACUGAAUCGUCGAUCCACGGAGAGGAGUAUUGACCGUCUUCGCAACGAACAACGACUGAAUCGUCGAUCCACGGAGAGGAGUAUUGACCGUCUUCGCAACGAACAACGACUGAAUCGUCGAUCCACGGAGAGGAGUAUUGACCGUCUUCGCAACGAACAACGACUGAAUCGUCGAUCCACGGAGAGGAGUAUUGACCGUCUUCGCAACGAACAACGACUGAAUCGUCGAUCCACGGAGAGGAGUAUUGACCGUCUUCGCAACGAACAACGACUGAAUCGUCGAUCCACGGAGAGGAGUAUUGACCGUCUUCGCAACGAACAACGACUGAAUCGUCGAUCCACGGAGAGGAGUAUUGACCGUCUUCGCACUGAACAACGACUUGACCGCCGAUCCACAGACAGAAGUGUUGACCGCCUCCGCACUGAACGCCUCGACCGCCGAUCCACAGAUAGAAGCAUUGACCGCCUCCGCACUGAACGACUCGACCGCCGAUCCGCAGACAGGAGUAUCGACCGUCUCCGCACUGAACGCCUCGACCGCCGAUCCACAGAUAGAAGCAUUGACCGCCUCCGGACCGAACGACUCGAUCGACGAAACUUGGACUCGCGACGACAGCUCCUGCAAAGACACGACAUUAGCCGAUUGCCUGCAACUCGCUCUAUGCCUGAACUUUCUGUCCGCUCUAAUCAAAAGGAAUACAGACUCACAGACAGAACUCACACGAUCCAAGCAGCUCGUCGAUACGCAGACAAGAAUUCUCGCAGCUACUCCGUCCGCAGAGAUUUAUCAGAAGACGCUCUUCGCAGACAAGCAUCUCGAGACCAGCUUCGUAGAUCCAUCCGCUCCUUGGAAUCACGGGAAAAUCUUUUGAACAAUGAUAGGAUGAACGUUUUCAGCUCAUCCGAUUUCCUGAAAGAAAAGAAUCCUAUGAAUUAUAAGCUGACAUAUGAAGUUAUACGCCAGGCUGUCGUUAUUGGUCUCUGUACUAUGUACAGUUUAUCUCUUUUCUGUGGAAAACGAUCCUUCGUGAACAACUUAGCUAUGCGAGCACCGCGAUUCAUGUUAUGGUAAAUAAAGAGGCUUACCCACGCGAAGAACCAACGUCCGCUACUUUCAUGACCUGCUUCUAGUCACUGUUCUAGCGUAAUACUUGCGUUUGCACCGUUGCACUGUACUUAGACAAAUUUCUACACUGUAUAUUAAUGUACAGCUAAUAUUCUAUGUAGAAUCACAAAUGUAUCGCAUGUAAGAAGAUAUAUUUUGUCCGAAUAAAUUGUUCAGAUCAAAAUCAAAUUUAUAUUUAUUACUUCAAAGUACUCCUCCAUCCGUUAACUAUCCUAAAAAAGAAACCAACACUUACUAUAGUAAGAUUUACAUAAAAUCUAAGAACAAUUACAUAAAAUUGAUUUUAAGUUUAAUAUAAAUACUUUCCAUCGCACACUUCUAAAACCUGAUGAAUAAAUAGAUGGGAACGUACAGUCAGGCUGAAUGAUCAAAGAGAAAAGUAAUUUAUUAAAGUCAUAAUCUCGUGGUUUGUACAUUACGGUCGGCUUAAAAAUAAUUAUAAAAAAAUGCAGUGGUUUUGACAUUAUAUCCAGUCUUAAACAAGUAACUAUGUUUUGCAUGAUUACAAUGAUUGAAAGAAAUGGGAAACACACCUUGAAGAAACUUCUAAAAUGACGAUUCUGAAAGAAAGAUUUUUUAAUGAUUACAUCUAGAAUACUUCGAUUUUGUGCAAUACGCAUGUGCUCGUGACGAUAUAGAGAGUCGAUCGUGUUUGCUGAAACUUUUAAUAAACGGCUACUAAAAUGUAUAUAAAUAUAUCGUACAAUAUGACGAUUCGAUUACAAAUGGAUUCGUUGAUAGUGAAAAAUGUGUUUAUAUAAAUACGAAAUAAAUAUAACUAUUCGAUACGAUGCUUAUAUGUACAAAACGCAGUCCGGAAAAAGCUUCGUGUAAAAAGAAAAACUAUUCAUUUCUAAGUAACUUUGGAAGAUAUCUCGUUCGCGAAAAUACUUCUACGUUCUUUCUACGUUAUCCGUCAAACCACUUUGUCAACAAGUACAGCGCUAAAACUAGCAGUCCAUCUUUUCAUUCUUACUGUUAACCUUACGUUAUUAGAUAAAUAAAAAGUUUGCAGUUUAUAGUAAAUAUAGAUCAAAAUAUUUCUAUCUAUGUUUGAUAUUUUGACUAUUGGUUUUAUUACUCCGACUAUGGACGAUAGAGUCCACGCGCGUUGAACGCACAGUGGCAAGAAAUCAAAGUCGACGAGAAGUUACGAUAAAACGGUAACUUCUUCCGCCAUUUAUUUUACAUCUUUGGCAGUGAUCCCAGUCGAUCGUUACGCGUGAACCAUCCCGAGAUCGAUAUGAUUUCACUGGUAUUCCAUACCUCACAGAGAAAAUGACUAAACAUAUCAUUCGCCUUCGUGGAAGGAUCGAUAAUAUUUAAAAAAAG